UGUUUUAAUCUGAACAUGUGUGCGGACGGUGUACAGCGGUAGUUCAUGCAUUCCCGAAGUUUUGUUUUCCUCCCACAUUCUAUUCGUUGCACAUUUCGAAAAACUGCAAUUUGUUUGAUUUGACGAACUGUAAAUCCCGAGGAAGAAAGCGGAGUGAGAGGCAGCUGUUAGUUUAAACUCCCGAUUUUGUUAGCAUUAGCAUACGUUUUGGCAACAUGUCAGUCGAGGCAAAUGCCGGUAACAUGUCCGCUAUGAAAAACAUAUCCAGAAAACGGAAUAAGAAGCGCUAUAUGGCCAGUCAAUCUAAGAAGCGGUACAAGCGCUCACGGGACCUGGAGGUGGGCAUGCAGGGGGUCCUGAUUACCUGCGGCAACAACAACAUGAGACCAUGCACCGCGGAAGCAUUGGAUCUGCUCAAUGAGUACGCAGACAAGCUGUAUGGGCCCGAG